CUCCGUACUUCCGCCAGUCGGGCACAGCAGCAGCAGUUGUCUUCGCGCGAGCCAGCAGACUCGUUCGGCUCGUGCCUUCGUGUGCGGUUUUCUCCUCCGUCACUGUGCGGGGUCUGGUCUGGUCUGGUGCGGGGGCUCCGGCCCGGUGUCCCACAAGCCUGAGCCGCUGGGAGACGUUUGAGAAAUGUGUCACCUGUGUGCAGAGGAGGCGAGAGACAGCAGGUUCCACAAGACAGAUAAACCAUCAUGAUUCCCAUCACAGAGCUCCGGUACUUUGCUGACACUCAGCCGGCAUACCGUAUCCUGAAGCCAUGGUGGGACGUUUUCACCGACUACAUCUCCAUCGUCAUGCUGAUGAUCGCGGUGUUCGGUGGUACGCUGCAGGUCACGCAGGACAAGAUGAUCUGCCUGCCUUGCAAGUGGGUGGUCAACAAGACUUGCGAGACAAUGCCCGCCCCGAAUGUGAGCGUGACCUACACAACAGAGCCCAAAGGCAUCCAAUACGACCUCGACCGCCACCAGUAUAACUACGUCGAUGCCGUCUGCUACGAGAACAAACUCCACUGGUUUGCCAAAUAUUUCCCCUAUCUGGUGCUGCUCCACACUCUUAUCUUCUUGGCCUGCAGUAACUUCUGGUUCAAGUUCCCCCGCACAAGCUCUAAACUGGAGCACUUUGUCUCCAUCCUCCUCAAGUGCUUUGACUCCCCAUGGACAACAAGGGCUUUGUCUGAGACCGUGGUGGAGGAGAGCGACUCCAAGCCCCUGGGGAAAAUGAACGGGUCUCUGGACAAGAAGGCCUCGUGUGUGAGCGAGGACGUGGAGGCCAGCGUGCCAAUGCUUCAACGAACAAAGUCCAGAAUCGAACAGGGAAUCGUGGACCGCUCUGAAACUGGAGUUCUAGAUAAGAAGGAAGGGGAGCAGGCCAAGGCUCUCUUUGAGAAGGUGAAGAAGUUCAGGAUCCAUGUAGAGGAGGGUGACAUCGUGUACCGUCUCUACAUACGUCAGACCAUCAUCAAAGUCAUCAAGUUCAUACUGAUAAUCAGCUACACAGCCUACUACGUACGCUACAUCAGGUUUAGUGUAGUAUGCACAGUGAACAUUGAGAAGCUAACAGGAUACAGCAUGUUUUAUUGUGCUCAUCCAUUGGCAACACUUUUCAAGAUACUAGCCUGUUUUUACAUCAGCUUGGUGGUGGUUUAUGGUCUCAUCUGCAUGUACACGCUCUGCUGGAUGCUCAGCCGCUCUCUGAAACGAUACUCCUUUGAAUCAAUUCGUGAGGAAAGCAGCUACAGCGACAUCCCCGACUUGAAGAACGACUUUGCCUUCAUGCUGCACAUGAUCGAUCAGUACGACCCCCUGUACUCCAAGCGUUUUGCCGUGUUCCUGUCGGAGGUGAGCGAGAACAAGCUGAGGCAGCUGAACCUGAACAACGAGUGGACACUGGAGAAGCUGAGGCAGCGCAUCACCAAAAACUCCCAGGAGAAGCUGGAGCUGCAUCUGUUCAUGCUCAGCGGGAUCCCAGACACGGUGUUCGAUCUGGUUGAGCUGGAAGUUCUCAAGCUGGAGCUCAUUCCCGAUGUAACCAUCCCGCCAAUCAUCGCCCAGCUCUCCAACCUGAGGGAGAUGUGGCUCUAUCACACGCCGGCUAAAAUCGAGGCUCCGGCUCUGGCUUUCCUGAGAGAGAACCUGAAGUCUCUACAUAUCAAGUUCACAGACAUCAAGGAGAUCCCGCUGUGGAUCUACAGCCUGAAGAACCUCUGCGAGCUGCACCUGACUGGGAACCUGAGCGCUGAGAACAAUCGGUUCAUAGUCAUCGAUGGACUACGGGAGCUCAAAAGGCUCAAAGUGCUGCGACUGAAAAGUAAUUUAACUAAGCUGCCGCAGGUGGUGACAGACGUGGGAGUCCACCUCCAGAAGCUCUCCAUCAACAACGAGGGCACCAAGCUGAUGGUGCUCAACAGCCUGAAGAAGAUGGUCAACCUGACCGAGCUCGAGCUUGUUCGCUGCGAUCUCGAACGCAUCCCUCACUCCAUUUUCAGUUUGCACAACCUGCAGGAGAUCGACCUGAAGGACAACAACCUGAAGACGAUCGAGGAGAUCAUUAGCUUCCAGCACCUGCACCAGCUCGUGUGCUUGAAGCUGUGGUACAACCAGAUCGCCUACAUCCCCAUCCAGAUCGGAACGCUCACCAAUCUGGAGAGGCUGUAUCUGAACAGGAACAAGAUCGAGAAAAUCCCCAGCCAGCUUUUCUUCUGCCGCAAACUCCGCUUCUUAGACCUGAGCCACAAUAAUCUAACCAGCAUCCACUCUGACGUGGGCUUUCUCCAGAACCUGCAGUACUUCGCCGUCACAGCAAACAGGAUCGAGACUUUGCCCCCAGAGCUGUUCAAGUGCAAGAAGCUGCGGACUCUCAAUCUGGGGAACAACUGCCUGCAGACGCUGCCCUCACGCUUCGGGGAGCUCACCGGGUUGACGCAGCUGGAGCUCAGAGGAAACCGCCUGGAGUGUCUCCCGGUUGAGCUCGGCGAGUGUCGGCUGCUGAAGAGGAGCGGCCUGGUGGUGGAGGAGGACCUGUUCAACACGCUGCCGUCGGAAGUCAAAGAGCAGCUGUGGAGGGCCGAUAAGGAGCAAGCUUAAGCCAAAACCUCUUUUGGAGAGAAAGUUUAGGAGAAGUGUGCUUGGAGGAAUAAACAAGCAGUCAUUUUUUUAAUAAAGAAAGGCAAAUCUUUCAGGCUCAGAAAGUUGAUUGGUUGUCGGUGCUUCCCUUGUAGGGACUUUAAAAGCAUGGAUGUCAGCUUUUCAGCUCAACAAGGACAUGUUCAGCAGCGUGACUGUCGUGUAAAAUAAACCAUGAAUUUCACGCUGCAAGGGUGCGAGCAGCUGAUGUUGAAUGUGCAUGUCACAGUAUGACCUCGCUCAGCCAAACCUGUUCAUACAAGAGGUCCAAAACAAACAGGAGAAGUUUGCACGGUUCCGCCUCGCCACAGUGAGCUAAAUGUACUCACUCUUUCUUCUUUGCCGAUCAUGCACAAGCCGAACACGCUUGGUGCAGUAUUCGCCUGACCCUUCUUUAGCCUUGAGACUCCAAAUAUUACUCCUGAUGUUUUAUACUUUUGCAAGGACGCUGGCUACAAGAUGAUGAUGCAAGCAGUUGAACGAGGGUGCAACCGGCAGCCGAUUUGUUGAGGCACGACCGUUUGCUCUCGUUGUUUUCUUCAGGCUCAAGGUUGCUUCACUUUGCUCGGAGGCUUCUUUUUUUCCUUAGAGUGAAAAGUGACUGUGACAAAGAUGAACGGAUCAACCUGCGGCAGAUCUCACAGCUUAGGCCUUAACGCAGAAGACUGAUGUAACAGCAUCAAAGAAUAGCUGUCAAAUGUUCUGCGGGAAACAAAUUGGAACACACUCUAUAGUACAAUGUCUGAAUAACCUGAGGUUGUUAAUUUAUAACAGCAGCCUGAGUGGAAGGUCUCUACUCUACUUUACUUAAAGUCAGGUCUUACUUUGGCAUGUGAAUCAGGCGUUACCUUAUUUUGCAUGACUAAACAUCUCACAUAACUUGCGUGUGAGAUCGGGCCUUUUAAGUCGAGGCCAAUAAUUUAUUUUACACCAAGAAGCAUCAUUUUGUACUUUUCAAUGCUACCACACAUGGGUAUCAUUGUAGGCCUGUUUUUUUGGCCGCUUUUGCCUUUUAUUGGAUACGAAAACUAGACAUAGAAAUGCAUAGAAUAGAGAAAGAAUGACACAAGGAAGGGCCGGGUUGAAUCAAGAAUUAAAGACUGGAUUAGUUUAAUAUUUAAGUUAUGAGAGUACCAGAGGAUGACUGAAGGAUACACGUCCGACACAACCGUUGAUUUCUUUGUUUUGCACUUCAUUUAAGUUUCUUGUGGAACAUAGUUACGCUGUUAAGUGACCUUUGUUCGAUUGAUCAUCAAGUUGAAAUAACAGAGGGUGUCCCGACAUGAAGAGGGUGUUCCUGUAUCUAAGCUACAGAGUCACAAACACUCAGAAAACUCCCUUUUAUGGUGGAUUUCUUUGUUUUUAUUUAACUAAAACACACGCAAGCUUGCACAACUCUUAUCACACAAGUGUAUUAGAUGCAGGCCAAUAAAACACAGUACUUUUUUUUAUGCCUAGUGUGAUUUAGAGUUAUGAGCGCUUAGAUAAUGAUUACCUCUGGGGAUGAACUCCUGCAGAUGUGAGAGUUUUGACAAGCUGCCAGGCACUGCCAGUCUGAGACAGCAAAGCGAGGACGAUUUUGACCCCAAAGUGCCCGGCUGUUUGUACCCUGGCCCCUUGCUUUCGACGCGCUCUACUCUCUGGGAAGCCGGAGAUUUGUCUGCACUUCUGUUUAUCCAAAAGGAACACAAACAGGAAAUUAGAGAGUGUAGAAAAGUAGCUAUGCCUGACCUACGCUCACUUGCAGAGAGGAGUAUACAGAAUCUGUGAUUUCCAAAUUAGAGUAACAUGCUUUGUGUGCUUGAAACACUUUUCUUUUUAGGGUUUAAUAGCAUCAUUUGGAGUAACCCUGCCAUGUUUUCUCCAAACCGGCAUCUCGUUGCUAAUAUGGCCUUAAUCUUUUACGAGCUGCACGCCCUGUUAAUGAUCACAAACAUCACAUUCAUGGCUUGUUUUUUUUAUGUGUUGUUGUUAAAUGUAUAGCUUGUUUUGUACAUUUCAGUGGUAUGGUAUGUGCUCUUAUUUAUACCAGCUGUGUUUUCCUUUCAUGUUAGCUUUUUAAGAGAUUUUAAGGGAAGGUUUUACUAUGAUGAUACAAUUGCACCUUUGUUCACAAGAUUUUUUUUGUUUCCUUGAGGCCUUGGCUGAAUCCAAAUGCCAUUCAAGAGGUCAUAAAGAAGUGCUCCCUGUGCAGUCCUGCUCUGAAAGAAGAGCCUCAGUCCCAAAUGUGUUGACUAGCAACCAGUUUCAGAGUUGGAGGUAAAGGUCACAAACACAUAACGCAGAGGACACCAGAUUAAAGCACUAAUGUAAAGGCAUUCUCAGCAUUUUGAACAAUUUUAAACAUGAUUUUUUUUUAAAGGCAUGUCCACCUUGAUGUGUGUGUUCCAGGGUCAUUUAUGUGGUGCCAAAUUAGAGCAAAAACAUGUUCUUGUUAUUCCACCUUGUGAGACAUGAAGGACUUUUUAAGGUGACCUUUUGGAAGCCGAACUGAAUGUAAUAGAGGCGAGGAUCUAUUUGAAAAGUAACACAACCCUUUUAAAGUAGCUUGCCUUAGAUAAAGAGGAGGUUGUAAGAAAACUCCUAUGUCAAUCAAAAGUACAUUUGAUGUUUCAACAUGGCUUAUUGUUGUGGUGCAGUGCAGUUGCCAGUGCUGCUGCUGACACUAGAUAUCUCCCUCCUGCAGUGCAGCACCACAGUGUCAAAUUAGGACGUUUGAAAAAUGCCUCAGUUGUUGUAUCAUGUUUGUUUCGGCUUUAGCUCGAUGAUCAGGCAGUUAGAGCUUAAUUUAUGACUUUCUUUUUUUAAUUUGGUUUCUAAAUGGAUUCUAAGAUUAACCAAACUGCUGCAGACGUAUUUAUAUCUGUAACAUAAUCAGUCUCCGCCAGCAUCAUGACACAAGUAUGUCUCACGGUUUCCUCCGAAACUUCUGGAUUCCUUUCCACGAAUUUUCUCACUACUCCCCUCAGUCAUGUAUUUUCCUGACCUCCAGACCUGUGACUACGACCUGACAGCGCUCCACAGUCACUUCCCUUCUGAGUCACAAGAUGUGCACAGUCAAACCUGCGGCCCCUCUCCCUCUCCCUUUCCUGCGUGUCAGCGCUGGUGACUCACUGGGGUGAAGGUCUAAGAUGAGGUCAGUGAGUUGUUCGUUGGAGCAGAGAACAGAAGGAAGAAGUUUGUGUGAGGAACAAAAUCCCCCAUGCUUACGUGAAGACACUCAUGCACUUUAAUUAGUAUUACAUCAGAGGUUGAUAAUCAUCCAAACACAAAAUAAUCUCAACUAAGACCUUAUAUAACUUUUUUUUGUUCUAUUCAAAGCACCCAAAGUCCCUUUUCUAUAUAUUUGUGUUUUUUUAAAGUAAGAAAUGUAAAAAAGAAAAAGUCUUUGUGUUAUUUAUGCCUUAAGAAGUGUAGACAAAGUGAUGUAUCGGCUCUACAGAGGAUUAUAUAGCCUACAUCCUUGGACAUAGCUCUAAACCUCCAAAACAUAACAGGAUUGUACAACUGCACAGGAAAGACUCACGACAAUCUAACAUACUGUAAAUGGAGGAGAGCUCACCCUCCUGUUUUUUGGCAUUGAGUUUAACAUAAACCUUUUUAUUUAUUUCAAAUGCUAUUCUUUUCGACGGCCACAAAUCAUUUCACGUGAACACACAAAUAUUCAAAAACUGCCACGAUUGCAAAUGACAUCUUAUCUCUACUUAUGUGUGAAAACUUGAUUGUAUUUAUUAUGUAAGGUUAAUUCAUCUCUGUGUUAACAAGCCUGUAGAUCAGGGUCGUAUCAUGACCAUUUCAUCUCUGAGAAUGAGUAUUUUAACGCUGAACUUGUGUGCAUUAUCAGCCAUACAGAAAGCCACCAACGUAACCCCCAACAAGUAUCAUGAACUGUAAGCUGGACGGGCAGACCUGUUGGAAUCGGCGCCGUCUGUAUCACAUAUGACAAAGCCUUUAUUAAUGAACUGUUGCCAAGUGGACUGAACACUGGCUUUUUAAAGCAGGACGCCUGUAACAAUGGACGACUGAACUUUGAUUUCCUAAUGUUCAGACGCUACUUUUGUACCAUUCUGACACCUGAUAAUAAACACUUAACACUAA